AAAGUAAAAACAGACUGUAGGAAAGCAUCACUUUCGUAACUUCCCUAAGCGCCAGGGGGCGUAAAAUGUGGUCUAGUUAGUUUCUUCUCUUGUAGAACAGAGUAUUAAAAAAGUGCAAUACAUAUACUUGAACGCUUGAUAUGUGGUGGUACGAAGUUCGUGUGAUAUGAAUAUGGCGAUGUUUACAACGACUAACCAUUUAACAGUUUAUUUACAAAAGUAUUCACAAACGAUUCCAAAAAGCGCUCUGAAAUAAAUAUCAAGUACUAUUGUUUUCUCAGCUUUUAAUAAUUACAGUCUGCAAAUCUGGAUGAAACUAGGGAGAAAAUGAUUGCCGCCUCAGAACCGGUGGAAUAUAUUCCUGGUGGAAGACAAACAAUCUUACGACAUCCUGAAUCAAUAGUUAAUCAGCACACAUUAAGUAAUCAAAUUGAAGGAGAUAGUAUUUUAUUACAAAAAUUUAGUCGUGUAAAUAUCUCAGAAGGAUUACCGAGAGAAUUUUGGAUUGUACGUGAGAAUGAUACAUGUGGUGAAGAAGAGUUAUACUGUUCAGGCAAAAUUGCAAUUCAUUCAAAGGGAAACCAAACUACUCGAGUAUUGCAAACAAGUUAUACUUGUGAAACAGAUAUUAAACAUGCACUAUGGUGUAAAUUCCAUGCUAAUAUACCUGAUCGUUCAUCAAAAGCCAAAGAAAUAGAAGAAGAGGAAAAUGAUAAUAAAACAGUAGAAUGCAUUUGUUUAAUUGAUUCAUAUACUCUUAAAGUGUUUAGUGAAACUGGAGAAGAUUAUGUAUCUAGUUUACAAUUUCAGGUAUCUGCUGUUUGGCCAACAAAAUAUGGAAUUUUGUUGGAGAAAACACAAGUGCCUGUAACUGAAAUAAGCAGGUACAUGCCACUAGAUGGGAAUAGAUUACAAUCGCAUAAUGACAUUAAUUUACCAAUAGCAUUUUCUCUUAUGCAUCCUUUGGAUGAAAUUUGUCCUGUACUUAUUAAACAUGGAAACAUAUCGUAUAUGUAUGACUCAAAUCAACAAAUUCUAUUUACUAGUUCUGAACCAUCCUUGGCUGUGAUAUAUGAUGCAAAGACUGGAUUGCAUUCUGUAUAUAAAAUACGUAAAGCUUUAGCAGAAGAAUGUCAGAUAGUUUGUGGAAGUAAUGAUACUACACCUAGUAUAUUUAAUCAUUCAAGUAUAUCUUCAUUAAACAUUGGAAGUAAUCUUUCAUAUAAUAAAAAUUGUACAAAUAAAGGACAUUUAAGUAUAUUUGGAGUACCAAAUCCACAACUAAGUAUAGGCUUGGGAAUCUCAAACAGUCCAUUUAGUUCUCGAACAUCUUAUACAACUACCUGUUCUGGAGGACCAUCACCAUCUCAACAACAGCAACAACAUUCUAGAUCUCAAAGUCCAAUGGCAACUAUUUCUCGUUGUCAAUCUCCUACUCAUUCUGCUUUCUCACCAUUACUUGGUGCAUCAGGUAGUUCAGUUAUGCACCACAAUAGGUUACAUCAAGCAGUUAUGACUACUGCAUUGAGUCAUACACAAAAUAGUCCUUUUGGAAAUUUCAACAAUAUGCAAUUACAAGAUAUUAUUAUACCAAGUAAACCUCUGUAUCCUGAAAUUUGUCUUGAUCAUGUUUGGACUGAAAAUGUUGGAAUUCCAAAGGAUACUGCAUCUUGCCGAGCGUCUAAGGUUUUUCUCUCGUCAGAUCUCGUAGGUCAAAGCUAUUUGUGUUAUUUAGCUCCAUAUAGAUCUCAACUCUUUUUAGUAAGACUUGAAAAAACCAACAAACAACAACAAAUUAUUUUUGGUAUGGUAACAAGUAUUGUAGCUAAGGAUGCUGUUAAUGUACCAAAUUUACAUAUGAUAGCAACAAUGGAUUUAGCAAAUGGAGUAGUACUAUAUUCUGGUGUAACUUGUAUUGGCAAGUUACACGUGACAGGCAUAUUUCCCAAUUUGACUGGGUGUAACUAUUUUUUAUCUAGUAAUAACCAUAAAUUAGGUUCUCCGUUUCCACGACGAAGUUCAUUGAUUUCUCAAAACUAUGUUGCUUCUCACGACAUUAAAUUCGAAGAAGGAUUACACUUACUAAGUCCUGUAAGUGGUAAUUGUGCAAGGCCACCUAUCCUUUUAGAAAAUUCUUUAAUAGACUCAAAUUUUCUUGUAUUAAAAGAAACUGUCGGAAAUAAAGUUACAUUGGAAUAUGGAAGUAAAAAUUACUUUCGUAUAACUUUACCGACGUCGAGUACUUCACCUUUAGUAACUAAAUGUUUGCAAACGUUAAGAAGUGUCUUACAAAAGGAUUUGGCAAUGCAAUUACUAGUAAAAUGGUAUGGUGCUCGAAAUGCUCCUGGACCUCAAGAUUUUUCACCAGAACAAGAAUGGUGUCUUUUUUUAAUAGUUUUAUUUACAUUAUUGGGAUAUGAAGUCGAAAAACUACAAUUAAUUCAAAAGCACGAGAAAGAUCAACUUGCUGAACGCAAUAGUCCUAUGGUAGUGCCAAAGAAACAGAAAACAAAUAAUUCUGGCUCUAGUGACGAUUGGAAGUAUAUGAUUAAUCUUGUGAAGGGUGGAAGUUCUCAAACUUUUAUCUCAAAUAUACUUGGUCUUCAGAAAACUUCAAGCACGUUUCAAAUGUCGAUACCAAAUUCCGUAGAAUCGAAUAAUGCAGGGAAAAUAAAUGUGCAAUCCAUUCUGUUUCCAUAUUUUCCACUUGUUUUGUUUUCUUUGCAUCUUCUAUACGAAGAAUUAAAAUUAAAUUCUGUAAUGUCAGAAAGCUUGCCUUUACUCGCACAAUUGCUUUAUCAAUUAAGUUCAGAUUUAAGGUUUGAUAUGUACACUCAUCAUUAUUUUGUCGAUUUUCCGUCCAUUUGUCAAUUAAAUUUUUCAUCUCAAAUCAAGGAAGCGGAUUUACAAAAAAUCACUAUACCAAAUUACAUACCGUCAAAACCACCCAACAUAUUUGAAACAUUGAAUAAUUUAUUAAAUUGUGUGGAAGUAGCGCCGUUUCCCUAUUUGAGCCAAGUGAAUCAAAAGACAAAAAAUAUAAUUUAUUUAAUGGCACUUAUAGCAAAUGAAAAUAAGACGAACAUAUUAGAAAUUGAUAAAUUUGUGAAACAUAUAAUAUCAAUUGGAAGUCGAAUAGAUUUUCAAGAAGGUGGAAAUAAAUAUGAAAGGGAAUUAUUAAAAAAAAUUGAAUAUCCUGCAAUAGAUAGAAUAGUAUUAUUAUAUCAUGAAAUGGGUAUGAAUAAAAAGGAUCUUGAAACGUUACCUCCCGGUGUAUCAUUAGUAUUAAAAGAUGUAAUGCACAGAUGUAGGGAGCGACCUCCAUCAAAUUGGCCAAUGCAGGCAUAUGAAUUAGUGGACCGCCAAGACUUGGCUGCGUUAGACAAACAUAUACAGUCUUCUGCAUCAAAUCAACAUAUGGAAAAUGAAGGAAAAAAUUAUUCUAUCAAAGAUCCUGAACAAGAUGAUGGCAUGGAAUUUGAUGAUGCUGUACUGAAAUUAAGAUUCAAUAAAGAUCACAGAAUAGCAGAAGUGCGAAAACUUCUAAAUUCAUCAAAACCAGUGAGAAUAGCAAUAGUACAAAGGCCAGAUGUAAGCGAUCAUGAAUUCAUAGAAGAACAGGAGAAACAUUUGCAUGCACUAUGUACGAGAACAAUGGCACUUCCAGUAGCUAGAGGGAUGUUUACGCUCAGAACUUCAACUCCUAUUAUCACGGAACAACUACCAAUCCCACGGCUUUGUUUAACUGGAAAAGCACCUCCUCGCGGAACUACUAUAGAAUUAGCUCAUAUAGAUGUUCCCCCAAACAUGAAUUUAUGGCCAUUAUUUCAUAAUGGUGUAGCUGCGGGUCUUCGUAUUCAUCCGGAUGCGUCGAAUAUCGAUUCAACAUGGAUAGUAUACAAUAAGCAACAGCAAGGCGAGUUUGGCAUUGAACAUUCAGGUUUCUUGAUGGCUCUUGGUUUAAAUGGACACCUAAAAAAUUUAGCGCCUCUUAGUAUGUAUGAAUAUUUAGUUGAAUGCCACGAAGCUACUAGCGUUGGUCUUCUCUUGGGAUUGUCGGCAACUCAUCGUGGUACAAUGAAUGUUUCGAUGACCAAACUUUUAUCUCUACACGUGGAAACAUUGUUACCGCCAACAAGCAUUGAAUUAAAUGUUCAACAAAAUGUUCAAGUUGCUGCGUUAAUGGGAGUUGGGUUAGUGUAUCAAGGAACUGCUCAUAGACACAUUUCCCAUGCUUUAUUAUCAGAAAUUGGUAGACCACCAGGCCCAGAAAUGAAAAAUUGUGUGGAUCGAGAAUCAUAUUCUUUAGCAGCAGGUUUAGCAUUAGGUUUAGUGGUCUUAAGAUGUGGAAGUGGAUCCGAUUUAGCUAACAUACCAGAUACCUUACAUUAUUACAUGGUUGGUGGACACGUUAGACCUUUUACCGGUGCACAAAAAGAUAAAUAUAAAUCACCUAGUUAUCAAAUAAGAGAAGGUGAUUCGAUAAAUAUUGAUGUAACAAGUCCAGGAGCUACCAUAGCUUUAGGUCUUAUGUAUUUUAAUACGGGAAAUCGAGCAGUGGCUGAGUGGAUGCAAGCUCCUGAUACCCAAUAUUUAUUAGAUUUUGUACGACCUGAUUUCUUGUUACUGCGAAUAUUAGCGAAGUCACUUAUCCUUUGGGAUGAAAUUGAACCAACGAAAUCUUGGGUUUCUAGUCAUGUUCCUAAUAUCGUUUACAAAUACAGAUUACAAAAACCAACUUCUGAGAUAGCGCAAAGCGUGGAUUUGGAAACCAUGAACCAGGCUUAUUGUAACAUAAUUGCGGGUGCCUGUAUGGCUUUAGGUUUGAAGUAUGCUGGCACUGCUAAUAAGAAUGCUUUUAAAACUUUGUAUAAUUAUGCUCAGAUGUUUACGGCAUUGUCCCAUAAAACUAUUGCUGAAUUAGCUGGAAAAUCAACCAUUGAAACUUGUUUAAAUGUUACUUUACUUUCGGCUGCUGUUGUAAUGGCAGGAACGGGUAACUUGGAGAUUAUGAGAAUAUGUCGACACAUAAGAACUCGUGUAGGACCAGCAAGCAGUGUAGUUACAUAUGGAUCUCAUUUAGCAACGCACAUGGCUCUCGGUCUUCUUUUUCUUGGAGGAGGAAAGUACACACUUUCUAACAGCCCCAGUGCAGUAGCUGCUCUUAUAAUUUCUCUUUUCCCAAAAUUCCCGACACACAGUAAUGAUAAUAGAUAUCAUUUACAGGCAUUACGACAUCUGUAUGUAUUAGCUGCUGAACCACGCGUAAUCUUACCCAGAGACAUUGACAGUGGUCAGUAUUGCUAUGCGAUGGUACAUCUAACUUUUGCAUCAGAAAAAGAAGCUGAGGGACAAGAUGUAGUACUUCAAGCGCCGUGUUUACUACCACAAUUGUGCAACAUUAACAAACUUGAACUAAAAGAUGAUCGAUAUUGGGAAAUCGUUUUUGAAAAAAAUCACAAUUGGCAACAGUUAGAAAGUGUGCUUAAAAAUUGCGAACCCUUAAGUGUUAAACAGAGAGCUGGCUGUUUACCGUACAUAGAGGAUCCUCAUGGUUUCAGAAGUUUAAUCGCCCAAACAUUAACAACAGAAAAUGUUAUUGCAUGGGCUGCCCGCCCGGAAUGUGUAACCUCGUUCACAAACGAUAAAACUGUUUUAAAUAUAGUGAAAUAUUUCUUACAAUGGCCUAAAAAAGAAAAGAUUAAAACUGAAAAUAAAUUAAAAAUGCAAUCUCAUGGUAGUUUAGGUAAAAGCAGUUCUGGCUAUUUGACUCAAAGCUUAAGCGAUACAUCUGAAAAAAUAAGUGGUAGUUGGAAUGAACAGUCAAAUUCUUAUAACGAAAAAAUGGAAAUUGCAGAUUUAUCAACUGAGUUAAAAGACAAUAGUUAUAAAUCUGAAACACAGUAUUCUGAUAUGUCGGAAUUUGAAGAACAAUUCUUACACGCAUUUGCUAUAAUUGUUUACGAAUGUGUAAUAAAAGACAAAGUGAGUCUUCUUCCCUUGUGGGUGACUUUGCUGAAAAGUUUGGAGAUUUCAGAAAAAGAACCAAACAGUUUUUCUAUAUGGCAAAUAAAACUUGUUUCAUCUUAUAUGUUGGAAAAACCUUGUACAGAAAAUAGAAAUCCACUGCUUAGUGCAGAGAGUGUACUUGCAAUUCAACAAAAAAUUUCCUUUAUUAUGGACAGCUGGGAACAUGAAUUAACGCCAUAUAUUAAUUCUUAUCUAACUACGGGAAGUAUUCAAGGUGACAUAACAUUAUUACGAAAAAUGUGCUCAUAUUUUGUAUUUUAUGAUAUACCCCAUAAAAUGGAUUACCAAACAGUCCUGACAUUGUUAUUAAAACCGGAGAAUAGAUUUAAAAUAUCUAAUAUUACCCUAUGUAAAUUGUAUAAAAUAUUAAAAUCGUAUUAAUUAGGUUAGUAUCUCUUCAAGCAAUUGAAAUUAAUUUUGUGUAAUGUAUUUGAAUAGAUCAUUGAAUUAAAUUAUAUUUAUAUUUCAUCAUGGAAAAAUGUGGAGAACAUAGACUGAUUUUCAUCAAUCUGUUUUGUUGUACAAUACAUAUAGUUAAAUAAAUUAGUAGGAAUAUUUAUCCAUAACAUGUAAAUAAGUUAACAGUUAUAUUAAUGGAAAAUUAAUUUAUUAUUUUAUACAUUGUAAUAAAUAGCGUUUAUUGUAUAAAAUAAUCUAAAAUACAAUUUUACCGUUUUUAUAUGUACAUAUAUACAUAUUAUAUAAGUAUCUUUACAAAAGAUGUCAAGUCUUUGUAUGUUAAUUUUUAUUUGGUACUAAAAAUAUUGAAUUGCAUCUGUAAUAAAUGAUACUUUAAUGAUA